UCUCUCUCUCUCUCUUCAUGGCUGCUGAUCCCCAAACCCUAGCCCCCGCCGGCGAUCACCCGCCGCCGGAGACCCAAACCCCCCUCCUCGAUGCUGCAGAUUCCCACCUCGACGUUGCCCUCCACCGCCUUGAGUGCUUCCUCGCCGUCCUUGGCUUUCACCAUGCCUCAUCCUCCCUUUCCUUCGUCCUCUCUUGCUUCGCCUUUCUUCUUCUUGGCAUCGUCACCCCCGACCCUCUGCAUCUACUUCUCCCGCUGCUAUGGUUCCCGUUGCGACGAGUACCAGAUCGAUCGCUUCGAGUUUUUGGUUUUGUUCUUCGAGGCGGUGCUUGCUGGGGUUUCCUUGGGUUGUGUUUCUCGGAAUCUUUUCAAGUAUGGGAUGAGGAGGUUUCUUUUCGUGGAUCAGCACCACGGCCAUCUCGAGCGGUUCCAGACGCAGUAUGUUCGGAGGAUUCAGGCGUUUUUCUGCUUGUUGCUUUGGUGGAUACUCCCAUGCUUCAUUGCAAAGGCUACACGUGAAAUCAUUCGAUUUGUAUAUGUUCAUCAUGGCUCAAUAUGGAAAUCUGUUAUUUUUACGUUAGCUUCAAUUAUAUCAUGGACUUAUUUGACCACAAUCUUUUUGUCUGCCUGCGUUUUGUUCAAUUUGGUAUGCAAUUUACAAGUUAUUCACUUCGAUGACUAUGUUAAACUUCUUGAAAGAGAUACAGAAGCUUUGGUAUAUCUGGAGGAACAUGUUCGCCUACGAUACUAUCUGUCCAAAAUCAGCCAUAGGUUCCGGAUAUAUCUUCUAUUGAUAUUCCUGUUUGUCACAGCAAGUCAGUUUGUGGCGCUUUUUCAAACCACAGGGUAUAGCGAAAUAGUCAAUUUCAUCAAUGCCGGAGAUUUAGCUGUUUCUUCAGUUGUUCAGGUUGUUGGUAUUGUCCUUUGCUUGCAUGCAGCUGCUAAAAUUUCUCACAGGGCUCAAGGUAUUGCUUCAGUAGCUAGCAGAUGGCAUGCUUUAGUGACUUGUACUCCAAAUGGUGAUUCAUCUUAUCCAAGAGUCACAAGCAGCUCAGGAAAUUUGGAUGCUGUUUCACCAAAUGCAUUACUGAGAGAAUUUUCAGAGAGUGAUCUGGACUCAUUAGACAAUCUUCCAGUGCAAACAAAUACUCAUUUGGUUUCUUAUAUGUCCUCAUACCACAAGAGGCAAGCCCUUGGUAGCUGGUGAUGUUAGAUAUCAGAUCCAACAACUGGGUAUCCUCAUGUUCAUAUGUAUGUAAACUCCAUAAUUGCAGUUCUUAUGGUUGCUUGACUACAUUGUCAUGGGGUCAUGACAGGGAUCUAGAUAGAACACAUUAUUCCUACUAGUGUACCUACCUACUUCUUGCUAUAUUGACCGCAAAUGAUCAAUGUCAAGCAAAAGGUGCUGUGUUCAGAAAAAUGGAGGUUUAGAGACAUCAGUGGAACAUACAGAUCGCAGUUGAAAACUGACUUGAAAGAAGUUUGUUAUUGUUGCAUGUAUAGAUUCUCACUUUCACUGUUGUAGUAAACUAG